AUAAAAAAAUACAUAUAAUGUUGCUAAUAAGUGUAUUUGCCUUUUGUGCGUUUUUGAACUGUGAUGUUAGUGGUCAGAUAUGUAGAAAAAGGACUGUUGUAACUAAAUUGGAAUACGAGGAAUACAAAUAUACGUACGUAGAUCGAUACACGAAGAAGAAUUGGUUUGGACGGGUAGUCUAUAAAACCAGGAUAAAUACCGCAGUAGGGACGAAGCCGGUUCAAAAGCAAGAGGUAGAAUUCGUGCCGACAUGCUGCGAUGGGUACAUCAGGACUGACAGCGGAUCAUUAGCUGAUAUAGAAUGCGAUCCAAUUUGCACGCCAGCGUGCGAGAACGGGAAGUGCAUAUCGCCAGGCGAGUGCGAGUGCAACGAAGGAUACUUGUUGGAAGACGGCAGCCCGCACAAAUGUUCGCCAACUUGUGAACAAUGUAUCCAUGGCAGCUGCGUGGCACCAAAUGUGUGCCAUUGUGACUACGGUUACUCUAUACAAAACGGAACAUCAUGUCUACCAAUAUGCACAGAGCCAUGCGUCAACAGCGCCUGCAUCGCUCCUGACACCUGUCAAUGUCACUCCGGCUACAGGAAAACUGACGGAAACCUCUGCACCCCUUACUGCUCCCACGGCUGCCUCCACGGGACAUGUACUGAGCCCGAAACUUGCACAUGUAACACUGGAUACCAUAAAUCAGAAACAGGCGAAUGUAUACCUAAAUGUGACGUCAAAUGUGGAAAUGGUACCUGCACUGAACCUAAUCAUUGUGAAUGUAAUGUAGGAUACGCUAAUGAAGAACAUGAUCCGGUAUGUGUACCGCAUUGUGACGUUGCCUGUGGCAAUGGUACUUGUGUUGCUCCUAAUACUUGCAAAUGCGAUGCAGGAUAUGCAGUUGACAAUAAUAAAGAUCCUAAAUGUGUGCCGCAAUGUGAUGUUGAUUGUGGUAAUGGAACUUGCAUAGCACCGAAUGAAUGCCAAUGUCAUACAGGAUAUAAAAUAGACAGAGGUAGUAAUCCAAUGUGUAUACCACAAUGUGAAAUUGAUUGUGGGCAUGGAAUUUGCUUAGCACCGAAUCAAUGCGAAUGCAACAGAGGAUAUAAAUUCAAUAGAGAGAGUAAUCCAGUUUGUACACCACAAUGUCAUGUCAAAUGUGGGAAUGGUACCUGUAUUGCACCUAAUAAUUGCAAAUGCAAAACAGGUUAUAAAGAAGACAUAAAUAAAGACCCAAUAUGUGUACCCCAUUGUAACAUGGAAUGUCGUAACGGGUUAUGUAUAGCACCAGAUCAUUGUAAAUGUUAUAAAGGAUAUGAAGUUGAUAUAAGUAAUUUUCCAAUGUGCGUACCAAAAUGUGACGCUUGUAGUAAUGGAUAUUGUGAGGCACCUAAUACUUGUGUGUGUAAUGAUGGAUAUCAAUUAGAUGAAGGAAAUAAUCCAGCGUGUGUGCCUCACUGCGAUAACAUGUGUGGCAAUGGAACAUGUGUAGCACCUAACGUAUGUAAAUGUUUUCCAGGUUAUAAAUUAGACACAGAUAAUAAGUGUAUACCAGACUGUGGAAAUUGUGAAGGAAAUUGUUUUGCUGUAGGCAAAUGCAAAUGUGGUGAAGGUUUUAAACCAACUCAAGUUAACGCUAAUAGCGAAGAAUGUAAAGACAAUAAUGAAAACUGCACGCGUAUCAUUUGUAAAAAAGAUAUCGUUGGAACUACAAAAGGUAUAUCGUAUGGAUAUGAUGACAUUGAGACGAAAACUACUGUUGAACUGAGACCCACGACAAAAAAUAUAGACAGUUUUGCAUUUAAUGGGUCUGUAUAUGACUACUAUGACGGCCUUCUUAACAAUUCAAUAGAACUAGACAAUGAUGUCGAAAAUCAAAUAAAAGGAAGCGAACAUGGGAUUCAGUCAAAAUGGGAGUAUGCAGUAAUAUCAAUAGUUGUCAUAAUUUUGGCCAUAAUUCUUGGUUCACUGGUCAUUUUUCGGACCAACAUAAUACAUUGUUGUACAGGAAGCGGAGAUUAUAAAGUCGAAGAUAGGACAACGGACGACGCAGAAAAAGAACAGAUUUCAGAAGGGAAAAUGCGGUUGUCCACAAUUUUGAAAAAUAGAAACGAAGAAGAUACUGUAAAUCAAGUAUAAG